UCCGCCCAACCAAACCCUACUCCAGAAGUUUCCGCUGCUCCGCUAAAACCCUAAACCCUGUCCCCAUUUAUAGCGUCUCAACUUUGCUCGUCAAAGUCGCUCUCUUUCUCCUCCCAGUCACCGUCGCCAAGGUUCGCAAGCUGUGGCAAAGAUGCUCGGCGCUUCGAAGCGAUCGAUAGUACAUGCGGCGCGGUCCGCCGGCUCUCGCUACCGCGCAGUGGCGUCUCGUCUCUCCGCCUCGUCUCCCUCGGUAACUGAGAAUGAAUACCGAACACCUGAGGUUGCACCACACAGGUUUCUUUCAACACUAUGCGCACCUAAAAGUAAUGGGACCAACUUUGGGAUGCACUCGAGCUUGAGGCACAGCAUGCUUGUUUGCAAUCGUCUUGAAUCAACUGCAGCAGCAUCUGAUUCACCCGAACCAUCAAGUGAGAAAUUUGAGUAUCAAGCUGAGGUUAGUCGCUUAAUGGAUCUCAUAGUACACAGCCUAUACAGUAAUAAGGAAGUGUUCCUGCGGGAACUCAUCAGCAAUGCAAGUGAUGCACUUGACAAGUUACGUUUUCUGAGUGUCACGGAGCCUGAACUUUUGAAGGAUGCUGUUGAUCUCGACAUUCGUAUUCAAAGUGAUAAAGAUAAUGGAAUUAUUACAAUCACUGAUUCUGGAAUUGGUAUGACUAGACAAGAGCUCGUAGAUUGUCUUGGUACUAUAGCACAAAGUGGAACUGCCAAAUUUUUGAAGGCUUUGAAGGAUAGCAAGGAUGCUGGCGUCGAUAGUAAUUUAAUUGGCCAAUUUGGUGUAGGCUUUUAUUCGGCAUUCCUCGUGUCAGACAAGGUGGUUGUUUCAACAAAAAAUCCAAAGUCUGAAAAGCAGUAUGUAUGGGAGGGAGAAGCUAAUGCCAACUCUUAUACAAUUAGGGAAGAAACUGAUCCAGAGAAGUUACUUCCUAGAGGAACACGUCUGACGUUGUAUCUUAAGCGUGACGACAAAAGUUUUGCUCAUCCCGAGCGGAUUCAGAAUCUUGUGAAGAACUAUUCUCAGUUUGUUUCUUUCCCAAUCUACACAUGGCAAGAGAAGGGUUUUACUAAAGAGGUUGAGAUAGAUGAGCCUCCAACUGACUCCAAAAAGGAAGGUGAUGAAGAUCCAGAUGUAGAGGUACUGAUAAUGUGGUAACUUUGUGAUUUGACAUAGU